UUUCUUGAGGAUACAUUUUGAAAAGUAACUGGUAGCAGUCAACUGUCUGAUUCGGAGCGACAUAUCGAUAGUUGGAAGCUUCGGAAAUGUAAAUUUCUUUCCGCUAUAUACCAAGUUCUGUUAAUGCACCAGGGUCCAAUACUUGAGUUCACCGUUGACAUGGUGGCAGGUUACAACUGUUUUGAACUUGAUCAAAUAAUAGUUCAUUUGUCAAGGAGAAAUACUAUCACUGAAUUGAAGCUUAUGAAUGGUUAUGCGGAUGGUGCCUUUGAGCAGUAUGCGGUACCAUUCUCUAUUUACUCAUUGCAUCAAUUGACGUACCUACGUCUCUUUGAUUGUUAUAUAAAGCAUAAACCGACAUUCAGUGGAUUUGGUAGCCUUACAACCUUAUGCUUGGAGUCUGUAAGCAUUGCUCCUAAAACACUUCUACAUCUUUUAUCCAAAUCGUCGUUACUCAAGAGAGUAAAUUUGUAUCUAUAUUAUCAAGACGAAGAUGGACACAUGCCCUUUAUUGACCUAUUGGAGUGUAUACAUUUGGUUGAACAUCUGAAAAUUGGCGAUUCUGAAUGGAUUAAAAAGUGUUUAAUUGUAGAAGAAGCUCCACAAAAGCUUCCAACCUCAUUAGUCCACCUCAAAAAAGUGUCUUUUGAAAUGUGUUUCAAUAGCAAGCAUGGGUUAUCGAUUAUUGCUCUCUUGAUCAAAUCCUCCCCAAACUUGGAGAGAAUUAAGCUGGGGACUCUAUGGUAUCGUAGAGAUUAGCUGGAUAUUGAGACAAACCCCGUUACACUGGAUGAUUAUUCUAAUAUUUGGCUAGAGCAUCUCUAUGAAUUAAAGAUUAAAAAUUUUACCAAGAAAAACUGAGUUGGAGUUUGUGAAGCUAAUCUUGGCCAAGUCACCUAUGCUAAAGAAGGCGAAAAUAGUCCUCGACACAAAGGUUACAAAAGAUGAAAAGAUGCUAUUAUCAAGAAUUCUCUUCAACGCCCCAAGUGUAUCACCCGUGGUAGAAAUCACUGUUGAGUGUGUUACCCGUUAUUAAUCGUAAAUGUAAGUUUAAAUGUAUGCCUGAUGCAGACAUUUGGCUUCAAAUC